AUGGUCCUCGCGGAAAUCGGGCAGAAGAUCACGCAGGCCCUGCAAAAGAUCUCCGCCAAGUCCAUCCUGCAGGAGGACGACGUCAAGGACCUGCUCAACGAGAUCGCGCGGGCGCUGCUUCAGGGGGAUGUCAACAUCGCCCUCGUCAAGACGCUGCAGGACGACGUCAAGGCGGCCCUCCUGCAGGCCGAGGACGGGGCCGGGCUGAACAAACGCAAAAUCCUGCAAAACGCCGUCAUUCGAGGCCUCACGCGCCUUCUCAACCCCGGCGUCGCGGCCUUCCAGCCCGCCAAGGGAAAGCCCAGCGUGGUGUUGUUUGUCGGCCUGCAAGGGGCGGGGAAGACGACCUCCUGCACGAAAUACGCGGCCUACUUCCAACGCAAAGGCCUGAAGGUCGGCGUCGUCUGCGCGGACACCUUUCGCGCCGGGGCCUACGAUCAGCUCCGCCAGAACGCCGCGAAGAUGAAUAUUCGCUUUUACGGCUCCCUCACCGAGGCCGACGCCGUGCGGAUCGCGAAGGAGGGCGUCGAGGCCCUGCGAAAAGAAAACUUCGACCUCGUCGUGGUCGAUACGAGCGGGCGGCAUCGCCAGGAGGAGGCGCUUUUGGAGGAGAUGAAGCAUCUCGAGACGGCGAUCCGGCCGAACGACAUCGUCUUCGUGAUGUCCGCCACCGACGGCCAGGCCGUCAAGGACCAGGCCCGCAACUUUAAGGAGAAAGUCAAGGUCGGCUCCGUGAUUUUAACUAAAAUGGAUUGCCACGCGAAGGGCGGCGGGGCGCUUUCCGCCGUCGCGGCGACCCAAAGCCCGAUCGUCUUCAUCGGGACGGGCGAACACUUCACCGACUUUGAGAUUUUCAAGCCUGAGAACUUCGUGCGGAAGAUGCUCGGCAUGGGCGACUUCUCCGCCCUCAUGGACACCAUGCGAGACGCGAAGAUUGACGAGGACAACGCCAUUAGCAAGCGGUUUCAGGACGGCCAAUUCACCCUUCGCGAUCUCCACGAAACCUUACAGAAGCUCCUGAACAUGGGAUCGGUCGGGAAGGUGAUCGAUAUGAUCCCGGGGAUGGCCGGGAUCGCGCAGUCCUCGGGCCAUCAAAACGAGGCCAUGCUCAAGCGCUUUAUUCACAUCAUGGACAGCAUGAACGACGCGGAGUUGGAGGAUCCGAAGGUGAAGAAAAUCAUGACCCCUUCCCGCAUGCACCGUAUCGCGCGCGGGAGCGGGACCUCGAUUUUGGAGGUCCACCAGCUCGUCUCCACCCACGCCUUUUUCGACGAGUUCGUGAAAAAAAUAGGAAAGAAGAAUUUAAAGUCGAUGACCCAGGACUCCUCGAGCCUUAUGGGGAAUCCGAUGGCCCAGCUCUCGAAGAUGUUUGACCCGAAUAUGAUGCGGCAGAUGGGCAAUAUAGAGGGAAUCCAAAACAUGAUGCGGCAGCUCACAGGGGAAGGCGGGAUCCCCGGCGCCGGCCGGGGGGGGAUUCCCAACAUGGCCAACAUGAUGAAGAUGGCCCAAAAGGUGAAGUUUAAGCGAUAA